AUGAGCUCAGAUAGCGACACUGACGGCUCAUCGAAAGCCGAUUCAGCAGUCCGCUCUUUUUAUAACCAAUACAUUGAGAGAAAACCACUUUACGAAAAAGUUCUUGUGGCAGUUAAGAAAAAAUGCCGCCAUACUCUGGCUGAAAAUGAAAUAUCUCAUUUCAUCGAGAGCCGGGUGAAGGACCAUCAAAGCCUUUGGAAAAAGCUGGAUCAGCGUAAAGUUGAUGCUCGGUAUUCAUCUGUCAAGAAUAUCGAAAAUGAUAUCGUCGAUAUCUGCGGUGUUCGCAUUAUUUUUCAUUAUAUGACAGAUCAGCACAAGAUCAAAGCGCUCCUGGAAAGCAUUUUCCACAUUCAAGACGUGAAAUUUCACUCGGGUGGUCGAGAGCAUUCUCAAAAUUCGCCAGAUGAUAAAUGGGGCUAUCAGCUACGUCUCCCUGACUAUAUUGGCACCCAUUACCGUUGCUUUGUGAAGUCAGAGAUCUUUUCGGAACAUUUCGAGGGCUUCUCAGUCGCAGGUGUCAUAGCAGGUACAAUGAUUGAGGUACAGGUAAGAUCCAUCAUGGACGAUAUAUGGGCCAGAUAUGCACAUUGCAUAUACAAAUCGGAAGGGCCAUCCCAUGAGCGUCAACAGUCGAUGCUCAGUGAUCUUCGUUUGGGCUUGGAAGGUGUGAGAAAUGUUACAAUCAAGAUGCAAAAAUUUGCAUUACUUGAAGAGGAAAGAAGAAACCGAAAGUUCGAGACCAAUGAAGAAGUUGGGAGAUGUUUCCGAGAGCUUAUCGAGGCGGACUAUCAGUUAAAAUUCAUCGAUCACACGGGGGCGUCUUCUGAAGCGUUGAAGAGUCUACUUGAAUCGAUCGGAAAAAACACCCCAGUCUCUUUACAUGAGCUCAUCAAAAGGUACGAUUUCAGCGACGGGCCGGGCUCCGAGUACGAAGAAGUCAAGGGGCUGUAUCGGCCUAUGGAAUUCAACAUUGUGCUUUAUCUGAUCGAUCGGGUACUGCUAUGCCACAACAGCCAGGACGAGACCAUCCUAGAGACAGAAGCUGUCCCCGCGAAAAGAAAGAUGGAGAUAAUUAUGAGCACAAUUUUGUGGAUGAGCAAGCUUCUUCAGUCCCCAUGGUCAUGGAUAAUGAAGCUUGCCAGUACACCAUCGCAGGAAAGUCCGAGGGAGGGUCUCUUUUGGCUCUCACUGGCGCGCCAACGCGGUAUAUUGACAAAGGGACGCCACUUAAACGACGAUGACAAAGCCAUUCUUGAUGACUUGUGGAACUUGUUCAAAAACUAUGACGAAAGACCAAUCAAGCUAGCUUUCGCCAUGUCGAGCCGCGGAAUGAUCAGAGAUGUUGUACGCGAAAGACAGGAAGUGAACAGAGCCAUCGAGGAAUUGCUCGAAGCGCCAAAUUUCCGACCUUAA